ACGUGGAUUCCAGGCUGAAGACGAGAGGAACGAAGCCAGCAAGGAGAGGGGAAAAAAUUCUCUCCCCCCUGAGAUGGGGUUCGCCUCUUUUUGUGUGCCCUUUUUGGGCUUCCUGGUGGCCUCUUUCUUCAUACAAGGUCUGGAAGCAUCAACUUGUCCCAGGCACUGGUACAUGUUUGAGGAUUUUUGUUAUGCACUUUUCACGGAAAAACUGACCUGGAAUGAGGCAGAAGCAGAUUGCAAUACCUACGGCAAAAAUGGCCACCUCGCCUCCAUCCUCAGCGAACGGGAAAUGGCAUUUUUAUCUUCUGCUAUAAGAACCAACUUUGAAAAGACAUAUAGAAUCUGGAUUGGAUUGUACAAAAUCCGGGGCGGGAAGACACGAUUCAGAUGGUCAGACCACGCCAAGACACAGGAAAUUUUUUGGGCACACGGUCAACCUUCCAACUGCAAAAAGAAGCAGAAUUGUGUCGAGCUAUAUACCAACGACUAUAAAAGUUGGAAUGACCAGUUUUGUGAAAUCGAACAGCCCUAUCUGUGCAAGACGCCUCUCGACUGAAUACAGCUUGAAGGUUGGAAGCCAGAAUCUCCCUGGCGACUACAACAUCAGCCUGCUGACCCACAGAAGAAGCCUGCGCAUCAGACUUUCUUUUCCAUGUGGUGUCACUAAUCAAUAAACUCUAAUCCGAGGGCAGAUGAUGCUU